AUGAACAUGCAGCUUGAUGCCGUGAUUUAUUCACAAAAUGGAAACGCGUUUGUGGCUGGUUGGGGAACCACAGACCCCUAUGAUUUAGACAAUUGUAGAGACGCUCCCCGACGAACUUCACCCCUACUUAAGCAACUUGCUGUUACUGUUCGCACGGAUGAUGAAUGCAGGAAUAGCUUCAAAGAUCACUUCGAGUGUAGCAUUGUAACUGCAUACAAGCCCGACAUAGCAUUUUGUGCAGGCGAUCCAGAAGGGAACCAGGACGCAUGUAAGGGAGACGCAGGAGGACCAGUCAUGAGGCAGAUGACCGCUGCAGACGGCAACAAACGAUGGGUCCAGAUAGGCAUUGUCAGCUGGGGAGAAGGCUGUGCUCAAGAGGGUCGAUAUGGAAUUUACACCAGACUCUCAGCUUACAAAGACUGGAUCCAAGAUCACAUUGGCUCUGCAGCCUAUGCCAUACAUAACUGA